UUCCGACACCUUUUUAUAACUCGGCUCGAUCCCCCUCCACUCGACCUGUCAAAACCACGCCUAUGGAGCUACACAAUUGGUCCGAAAGCGUCAAAGAGCCAAUCAAGAAAGCUUGAGCUUCCUCGCAACCCACAACACAUCCGCACGAUUUGGCGCAAGGAGAGCAGACUCACAGGGAUUUCUUGAGGCUGAGGGUGUCUCUCGUACAGCGCUCCCUCUCUCUUUCUCUUUUCUGUCUCCGGCUCUUUCUCUUUCUCUCCCUCUCCCCCCACCCUUUUUCACUCUUCUUCCUCAUCCCUUUCUCCCCCCUCCCUUUCCCUCCUCCCCUCCGCUUUCACCUUUCCUAACCGAGGCUGAAACACAUUAUUGCAAGGAAGAGAGACUGGGGGAGGGGGGACGCGAGCAAGACUCAUUGAAACUGAGUCCCCAUCCGAAGCUUAGGGGAGAAGGAGAGGGAGAAGAACGGAAGCUUCUUCGCGGCUCGAGUUGGCUCCUAGCUGUUGGCUGUUAGAAUACUAUCUGGGGGGCGGGGGGCGAGCUGUUUUUGAGCGAGUGUCACUUUCUGUGUCUCAGCAGAGACCUAAGUCGAAUUGAAGAACGAGGCGACAAGACGCGAAGGAAAAAAGGAGCCAAAGCCAAAUUGCAGUAUUAGCCCAGGGAGGUCCAGUCGCAUCUGCAACCGAGGAAGCCUGGGCCUGGGAACCCAAUAUUCCCGGAACUCGGAGCGCGGCGAUUCUAGACCGAGAGCCGAGAAAGCAGAACUCGGGCCGGCCCCGGGAGAAAGCCAGACACCCCAGGGACUAUCUACUCUGGUCUCCCGGCGAAGCCGGUCGGUGUCAGAACCGGUAGAAAAACAAGCCCACGGUGCCGGUGCCCACCGCCGGGAGUGAUCAUGCCUCCGAAUCCUGCGCGUGGAAGUUUUUAGAAAGCAGUUCCCCAUUCCUCCUUUACCAAAUAGAGACUGAAUCUCGCCCCUCUCACUCGGCCCCGCCAACCAAAGGAGGUGUUUCUGGGUUUCUUUUAACGAUGUACUGUUAGAAAAGGGGGGGACACCAAGAGUGAGAGGACUCAAGUGCAGCAGCCGGAGCCCUGAUCCCAAUCAGCAGCGCGGCGGCUGAGCCUCCCCAUGAGAGAGCCGGUCAUCCCUGGGACAAGCAUGGCUUACCACCCUUUCUUACCUCACCGGGCUCCGGACUUCGGCAUGAGCGCCGUGCUGGGACACCAGCCUCCCUUCUUCCCGGCUCUCACCCUGCCUCCCAACGGAGCUGCGGCGCUCUCGCUGCCGGGAGCUCUGGCCAAGCCCAUUAUGGAUCAAUUAGUGGGGGCCGCCGAGACCGGCAUCCCCUUCUCCUCCUUGGGUCACCAGGCGGCGGCUCAUCUGAGGCCUCUGAAAACCCUGGAGCCGGAGGAGGAGGUCGAGGACGACCCUAAGGUCCACCUAGAAGCCAAGGAGCUUUGGGAACAGUUCCAUAAAAGAGGGACCGAGAUGGUGAUCACCAAAUCCGGAAGGAGAAUGUUCCCUCCAUUUAAAGUGAGGUGUACUGGGUUGGAUAAAAAAGCCAAGUAUAUUUUGUUGAUGGACAUUGUAGCUGCCGACGAUUGUAGAUAUAAAUUCCACAAUUCCCGGUGGAUGGUUGCAGGCAAGGCUGACCCUGAAAUGCCCAAACGAAUGUACAUUCAUCCCGACAGUCCGGCGACAGGCGAGCAGUGGAUGUCCAAAGUGGUCACUUUUCACAAACUGAAACUGACCAACAACAUUUCUGACAAACAUGGAUUUACUAUUUUAAACUCCAUGCACAAAUACCAGCCUAGGUUCCACAUUGUUAGGGCCAACGAUAUCCUGAAACUCCCCUACAGUACCUUUAGGACCUAUGUGUUCCCUGAGACAGAAUUCAUCGCUGUGACGGCAUACCAGAAUGAUAAGAUAACACAGUUAAAAAUUGACAACAAUCCCUUUGCCAAAGGAUUCCGGGACACGGGGAAUGGCAGGCGAGAGAAGAGGAAACAGCUGACUUUGCAGUCCAUGAGGGGGUUUGAGGAGAGGCAUAAGAAGGAAGCAGGGACCUCGGAUGAGUCCUCCAGCGAGCAGACAGCUUUCAAAUGUUUUGCCCAAUCCUCUUCACCAGCAGCUGUCUCCACCGUUGGGACGUCUAACCUCAAAGAUCUGUGCCCCAGUGAAGGUGAGAGUGAUGCCGAAAGCAAAGAAGAACCCCCUGAGGCCAGUGACAUGGCGAAAAUCUCUACCACCACCUCGGAGGAGCCUUCCAAAGAGAAGGGCAUUUCGCCCUCCAAGGCCCACCUCUUCUCAUCAGAGAGGGAGAGAGAUAGAGAAAGAGACCGGGACCGGGAUCGGGAUCGGGAUCACGACCGAGAUCGGGACCGAGAAAGGGAUAGGGAUAGAGAUCGAGACCGAGAUCGGGUCAGGGAAGGAGUCCGGCUGGAAAAGAGCUCCCCAGAUUCUCGUCAUAGCCCAGCUGCCAUCUCUUCUAGCACCCGAGGACCAGGCUGUGAGGAUCGGAAGAGCCCUGGUCGAGAAGGAGUGCCCAAGGUCCCAGAGGAGGGCCGCCCAGUGCUCCCGGGGAAGGAGACCUUCACUCCUCUCACAGUGCAGACGGACAGCCCAUCCCACCUGAACCCAGCUCACCUCCCCAACCUGGCCUUCCCCCCUAGCCUGGCUAGCCAACAGUUCUUUAGCCCCUUGGGCAAUGGCCACCCUCUCCUCCUGCACCCCAGUCAGUUUGCAAUGGGGGGAGCCUUCUCCAGCAUGGCAGCAGGGAUGGGUCCCCUGCUGGCCACUGUGUCUGGAGCUUCCACAGGAGUCACGGGCUUGGAUACCACGGCUAUGGCAACUGCAGCAGCCCAGGGACUCUCAGGGGCCUCUGCUGCAGCCUUGCCCUUCCACCUCCAGCAGCACGUCCUAGCCUCUCAGGGACUGGCCAUGUCGCCCUUCGGCAGCCUCUUCCCCUACCCUUACACGUACAUGGCAGCGGCGGCGGCUGCCUCCACCGCGGCGGCGGCUUCCAGCUCUGUCCAUCGGCACCCUUUCCUGAACGCGGUGAGGCCCAGACUUCGCUACAGCCCGUACUCCCUUCCGAUGCCCCUUCCCGACAGCAGCGGCCUGCUCACCCCGGGGCUCCCUUCUAUGGCGGCGGCGGCUGCGGCAGCGGCGGCGGCGGCGGCAGCUACGUCGGGCAGCGUGUUGGAGGGCAAGGCCGCCGCCUUAGCCACCAGCCCGGCCUCGGUGGGCUUGGACUCGGGCUCUGAACUCAAUAGCCGAUCUUCUACGAUCUCGUCGGGCUCCGUGUCCUUGUCCCCAAAACUCUGCCCCGAGAAGGAGCCCUCCACCAGCGAACUACAGAGCAUUCAGCGCCUAGUGAGCGGCCUGGAGUCCAAGCAAGACAGAUGCCGCAGUGGAUCCCCCUAAUGGGCCGCCCCCCGAUCCCCGAGUUCCGAGAAAGGGGGCACCCGCUGGGGCGGGGUGGGGGGGAAGGAUGGGCGCAGAAAUGCAUGGGGUGACGGUGGCGUCCCCAGCUCGAGUUCUGCUGUCUCAUUCCAAAUCAUUCUUGCAGUGCACUUUGUAAACUAUGGUGAAGUCCCUGGGAUGGAUGGCGCGGCGGCAGCCCCUCUGGAAAGGCUCAGGCCCAGGCUGAGGCUCCUCGGGGUUGGGGGAGGGGAGGGGAGGGGGGAAGGGCUCCACGGAGGCAGAGACCUAAAAGCUGCUAUGUUUCAGAACCAUGCUCUCAUUGAGAGGUCACGUUUGUCCCAGAGAAAGCAGAGGUGAUGGCCAAGUUCAUCUCCAGAGGUGGUCGGGGUCUGCUUGGUGGUGUAUUUUCCCCCCACUCAGUGUGUUGUAAAAUAGACUUAAAUGAAAUAAAAACGAAUGGAAAUGAAUGAAUAAGGUUUAGAAAAGUGAUUUUUUUUUUUUUGGAAAGAGUCUAAAGUGACUCGCAUAUCAGUUCUUCAAUGCAAUCGAAUGCAGAACUCUUUGGGGUGGGAUGAAGCGAAUACCUGUAGCCCUUGUUAGACUGUAUUACUGAAAUCUGUGUCUUUUUCAGAAUAUUGUGAUGUCUUAGGAGCCCCCAUAGGGCCCUCGCAUGCUCCACAGUAGUUGUUUCUCUGUUUUAUUUUUCGGAUGUUUGUUUGAUUCCCAGGGAGAAAAGAGAAUGACCCUUCUUCGUCCCCCUCCCACCAGAGCCCCUUACCGAGAGGGAUAAUUUAAAAACAGGCAGAUAAAGAAGUGGGGAGGGAAACUGGAUUUAUUGGAUCCAAAGACGUUCGUUCGUUCGUUCGGUUGUUGUCGUCUCCCUCUAUUUCCUUCUCUCUCUCUUUACUGUAUAUGCAAUAACCAGGUUAUUCGAAUAGCUCAAAAGAGAAGUGGACGCUAUUAGACAAAGUAUUUAUGUAAUUAUUCGGUAACUUGUAAAUAAGUGGAAUAUGAAUACUCAAAAUUAAACUUUAAUUUAUUGACACUGUACAGAUCUCUGUAAAUAAGGCAGCAGCUGGCCCGCCUUUCGUUCUCCAUUUCAUUUCAAGGUCAGACUUGGAAAACGAGGAAGCGCACAGCUCUGGGUUGAUUUGGGUUUUUUCCCCCUCGCUACUUUUGGCCAAGUGCCUCCCUGCUAAUAACCAAGUUAAUUUAAAAAGAAAGAAAGAGAAAUCCUAAUGCAGAAGAUAGAAAGAAAUUCAUGCUAUGAACAGAUCCUUUCUAGAGUCCAAUGAAGGAAGGGAGUGGGGAGCGGAAAGGGGGCAAAGCCGAAUCUUGGGGUUCCGGUCUCUCCUUCGAUUGUGUCCAAAUGAAAUGGAUUUGACUCCUGGUGUCGCUGUGUUGUCCAUUAUGCUUUCUCAUUCGGUGCCUGGAGAGUAGAGCUAAUCCAAGUUUGAAAGUCAGGUGUUUUCCAGAAAGAAUAAAAAAAAAAAGUUUUUUAAAAGAAAAAGAAAAAAAAGGAAAAUCCGUGAAGGUAUAUUUUGUGUUAGAGAAUCGUUAAUGAGUUCUUGGUUUUCUGUAUUUUUUUUCUUUUAAAACGUCACUGAAAUUUCAAUAAAUUUUUAUUGAAAUAUC